UUCCACGUGGUCCCCGCACGCAGUGAGAUGAAUAUGGCGGACGGUGCGGAUGUCGUGGCCCCUCUCCUGUCUCUGGAGCCCGAACUGCAGGAGGAUUUCAAGCGGAAAGUGCAGAAUAUUCGGCAGAAAUCGAAGGUGGAAUCGAUCACCCCUGGAGUCAUUUAUCUCGGCCAUAUUCCCAAAAUUCUCCAUGAGCCGCAGCUCAGGGAAUAUUUCGAUCAGUUUGGCACAGUCACACGAUUACGCCUCUCCCGCAGUAAGAAGACCGGAGGAAGCAAAGGAUACGGUUUUGUGGAAUUUGAAUGUGAUGAAGUUGCUAAAAUUGUUGCAAGUACGAUGAACAAUUACCUGUUUUGUGAACGACUUUUAAAAUGUGAAUUCAUACCACCCGAGAAAGUCCCCCCCAGGCUGUUUAUAGGAAGUGAAACGAUCUUUAAGAAGCCUUCACUACCAGCCGUCACACGCUACAACCGGAAAUGGAGCCUUGAGGAGCAAACCAAAAUGGAGUCCAGGUUAUUGGAAAAGGAGACGCGACUGAGGAAACGUUUAGCGCAGAAGGGCAUAGACUACGACUUCCCAGGAUUUGCUGCGCAGAAGAAGCAGAAUCUGGACCGGACGUUGGACCUUUCUGUAAAUAGUCAGGACGCCACGCCUGUGUGUACUCCCUCCAUCUUAGAGAGAAGGAAGUCUGUGCGAUUGGAGAAUGAGGAUCAAAGUGAAGAUGACGAAAUCGUGCUAAAGAUGCCGCAAACUAAAUCAUUGCCACAAAAGAAAACAAAACCAAAACUGGCAAAACCGGAGAAAAAAAUGAAGAUCAAGAAAAAGAAAGUCCCCAAAAAUUAGUGUUAUCGAGUAUUAACCAUUGACUAACACCUUGAACAGACUGAUCUGUACAGCCAAUUCCUUGUGCAUCGUCAUAUUCCCCCCAUUACAGCCCAUCGCUCUUCCUUCUACACCGGCUUUCAUGGCAGCCGGUACUGAACCCCAAAUUAAUCCAGUUCACGCAUUGUGCUCAUUGUAUUGAUUCGUGGGUGCCUUCAUCUGAUCACCGGAUACUAUAAACUCUGCGUUUGGGAAAUAGAACUUGGGAUACAGUGAAUCUAUUAGGAAAGCUAUUAACCUUUCUCGUCUAUUUUUAGCUCGAAUUAUGCGAUCGCUGCGGUGAUCUCUGUACAAUAUAUACAUUCUAAUAAAGAAAAUGUAUAUCUUUUGUGUUGCAGGGAAAUAUGCUUAACCAUGUAAAGCCGUGAUUCCUCUGAUCUG